AUGAGUCUUCCCAACAAGCUCAAGAAGAGUCCCCGCGACUCGUUUGUCUCGAGCCAUUCACGCAACAGUUCCUCAGCCGCCGCCCCGCCACCUGCGUAUGGUGAACAGCAGACCGACGGCCCGUCAAACGAGGCCCCUGCCUUGCCACCAGACUUCACUUCCCGCCUGCAGAGUCUCAACAUCGACCCGCUUCGUAGGCAAGCUGUGCCUGCUGCCGACGAGUGCAUCGUUCACCUCAAGCUGCUGGAGGCCUUCUACAACCUCCGCCAGGAUAUCGAAACCACCGAGGGUAUCUUUGGCAUUGCUAGCCCCACGCCCGCCACCGCCGCCCCGCAGUAUGAGAAGAAGGCUCUCGACCAGGAUGCUAAGGCCGAGGAUGGCGCCGUCGACGAGGAGCUGAAGCACAAGAUCAAGCAGGUCCGCGAGAAGAGAUGGGCAGUCUACGUCUCGCGUGCCGUCGAGCGUUACGAGCAGUGGUUCCUUGAGCGCAUCCCCAAGCUUACCGGCGGCGAGAUGGUGGGCCCCAUGUAUUCUACAAAGCUGCUUGCAGACUCGACGCUGCACGAAACAGCCGGCUCCCUGGGCGAGCGACUUCGCAAUUUCUUCCCGGAGAAUCUUCCUCCGCUUGACGUCCUCAUGGUCUGGCAUGCACACACGCUCAACCCCCGCAUCUUCUUCGAGGACUGCUUGCGUUAUGGCUGCCUGGACUUCUGGGCUACUGGUCUACCCUGGGCGGACAUCAAUACGUGUAUCGACAACACUACUUUUGAUUACGAUGUCGGUGAGCCCGUGAAGGCCAUGUGGAGGCGCAGCGCUCAACUCUCGUGGGAUAACCUGGAUGAUCCGAUUGACAAGGACCUGCGUUGCCCCUUCUGCACACAAGCUACCUUCUUGUCCGUUCCGUGGUCACGCGGUGCGGGCUUUCCCUACGGCCCCGAUUCGGAGUUCGUUCCUGGAGAUGGAUAUUCUGACGGCAGCUUCGCCAAGACUUGCCCUAACUGCAAGUGUACUAUAACACAUGACACCCUUGAGGUGUGGCAGUUUCGUCAAGACAUCUCACGUCUCAUGAGGGAAGACGUGCCAAUGUGCGGUACCAUUUUGGAUAACAUGGGCCGGCCACCAUACCGCGGAAAGAAGUCAUUCAACCCCCCAACCUUCUUUGCUAGUGGCUGGAUCAAACAAUCCCCGAUUCACAUAAAGCUGCUCGAGGCCACGGACUUGAAGCGCGACCCUAGCGCGAGCCUCGACUCAGUGAGAAUCGUUUUUGAAGAAGGACUGUCCCAGAAGAACUUGACGUCAACAUGGAGCUCGGGCCCUGGGGGUCGUCCUACCCCGCGUGAGCUCGUGUCUGUCCGCCGAAUGAUGUCUCGCUAUUGGAAGAACCAUUCUGUCUUCGGCAUCAACCUUAUCGGCGCAGUGAUUCGGCAAGGAACCUUCAUCGAGAAGAUGCACAACAUCGGCUGGCUUUUCUCGCCGACGGUCUACUCCACCUCUGAACGCCUGCUCAAGAAGUAUAAAAACUUCUUCAGAAUCAUGGCAGCUCACCCCAAAAAGAUGGCCGUGCCGACCCUCGACGUCGACCUCGCCUGGCACACGCACCAGACGCUCCCCUCCAACUACUACAACUUCUGCCAGACCAUCUGCAACGGCGUCUUCAUCGACCACGACGACAAGGUCGAGGAGGCCAAGCUGGACGAGUCGUUCGAAUGGACCAGCAAGACGUACCAACGCAUGUUCGGCGAGCCCUACUCCGAGUGCACCUGCUGGUACUGCGAAGCCAUCCGCGAAUCCCACACGUCACCACUGUCCCGCCUCUUCAAGACGACGAACCAUUCCGCCUCGGCCUCGCUCCACGAAGCCGACGGCGUCGAGCACCCCAGCGACCCGCGCUCGGGCCCCCACAUCUCGUCGCACAGCUCGGUCCGCACCAACAACAGCUACGCCUGGUCGGCGGCGCGCCGCUCGCACCUCGAACGCGCCUUUGCGGCGGCCGUCCGCCGCGCUAAGAAAGAAGGCCGCGAGCCCCCCGUCCGCGAGGAAUACUACGCCGCCCAGGCCAACACGCACCUCGACAUCGGCGACAAGAAGAAGAAAAACAAAGACGACCGCAACUCUUCGAACGCUUACUACUACGGCGCCGCCUGCGCCCCCUUCAUCGGCUACGCCUACGGCCCUUACCCGCUCGGCGGCGUCGGCUACGUCGGCGGCAGCGACCCCGGCUUCGCCGAGACGGGCUCGGGCUUGUCGGGCGGCUGCUGCCAGGGCACCUGCGGGGGCAUGAUUGGCGCCGGUGGCGGCUGUGCGGGCGUCGGGGGCACCUGCGGUGGUGGGGGGUGCGGCGGUGCGGGUGGGUGCGGAGGUGGUGCUAGUGGUGGGUGUGGAGGGUCGGGUGGUUGCGGCGGUGGGGGAGGAGGGGGUGGUGGUGGGUGUGGUGGUGGUGGGUGUUGA